AUGGCUCGCCCCUCCGUCGUUCAAGAGUAUGCCGCGCCCUCAACGACCCUGAGUCUCGACCACAAGGUCACCAACCAACGCCAGCUCUACAAAGUACAGCGGCCGCAGGGCUACCAGGUCUCAUGGCACGCAAAUCCUGCCGUGGAGGCGCAUCAUUUCGGCCAGUCACACCCCAUGAAGCCAUGGCGGCUGACCCUCACUAAGCAGCUCGUCAUGGCCUACGGCAUGCACCACGCGAUGGACCUGUACCUGGCGCGCGCGGCAACAUAUGAAGAGCUCGCCGAUUUCCACGAGUCGGAUUAUCUGGAUUUCCUGCGACAGGUCAUGCCGGGUGACAUGGACCGGGCGGAGCAGAGCGACAGCGUGGUGCGAUUCAAUUUCGGCGACGACUGUCCCAUCUUCGACGGGCUGUACAACUACUGCUCAUUAUACGCGGGCGGGACCGUGGACGCGGCGCGUAAGCUCUGCAACAAUCAGUCGGAUAUCGCGAUCAACUGGUCCGGUGGUCUGCACCACGCCAAGAAAGCCGAGGCCAGUGGCUUCUGCUACGUCAAUGAUAUCGUCCUGGGUGUCCUGCAGCUACUGCGCCACCACCCGCGCGUGAUGUAUAUCGAUAUCGACGUCCACCACGGUGAUGGCGUUGAGCAGGCCUUCUGGUCCACGGACCGCGUGCUGACGGACACGGGUCCGAGUCAUCCUCUUAACCCGGGCGCUCACCAUUCCAUCAAUGUCCCGCUGAACGACGGUAUCGACGACGACUCUUAUAUCGACCUAUAUCACCAAGUGAUUGGAGCCUGCGUGGAGAACUAUCGGCCCGGCGCCAUCGUCCUCCAGUGCGGCGCCGACAGUCUAGGAUGUGACCGUCUCGGCUGCUUCAAUCUCAACGUCCGCGCCCACGGUGCUUGCGUCGCUUUCACCAAGACAUUUGGCUUACCCCUCCUCGUCGUCGGCGGUGGUGGCUAUACACCCCGCAACGUUUCUCGCGCCUGGGCACACGAAACCUCCAUCCUCAUUGACGCAGACCAGGUGAUCGACUCGACGAUUCCAGAGUCCGUGGCGUUCCGUAAUCACUUCGGUCCUGACUACUCGCUCUUCCCCCCUCUGUCCGAGAUCAGGCGUCUCGAGAACAAGAAUCCACGCUCUUACCUCGAAGGUCUGGUCGAGGCUGUCCAUGAACAACUCCGUUACAUUAAGGGUGCUCCGAGCGUUCAGAUGAGUUUCAUCCCGCCAGAUAUCCUCGGCCUGCGAGAAGAAACCGAGAAGGAAAUCGAAGAGCAAAUGGCCAUGAUGGAAGAGGACAUGGAAGAACAGGAGGGCAAUGGCUCGGCUGCGUUGGCUGCAGCUAAUCUUAUUGACGAUGUACCUGGUUCUGCGGGCGGCAUUCCACGCCCAAACCGGCGCCGAGACUUGGAACGGGGAGCCGGGUAUAAAGGCGAGCUAUACUCAUGA